AUGCCAAUGAACUACAAUAACAAUUGCAUUUUACCAACAAUUCAGUGCUUUCAAAUAUUUCUUGGUUUCACUGCAACGAAUUGUGAUUUGUUCAUUCCGAAAACUCCAUAUGUGAUAGCCCACUUACUGCUCGUUUACUCCAUAUUCACGCAGGUACUGUUACCAGGCAUUUCUGAAUGGCUGAUUUACUCGAUAGACGCAUUUGAUGAGGCUGCGUUUACAUUCGUAGCGGUCCCACCGAAAGCGUUCAUAGGUUACAACGUCUUUCUUAUAACAUGCUUCGGCCUAUGUCUGUUUGGCAAUGUUAUUAUGCUGUCUUUGGUCGCCUACAACAAGAGACCGCGUUUGAGCUUGAACACACUUUCUUCUAAAUACCAAAAGCGAGAAAACAUCGUCACUACACGAAUUGCAGCUGUUCUCACCAUGCUACAAAUGAGCAUAUAUAUGCUUUAUGGGAGUGGUAUAGUUGUAGUAAGGAAUAUGAGCCAGCAAUGGAUAAAUGACCAUUACAAUUUAUACCACUUUUUGAGAAGUGUUGCCUACGUGAGUUUGCAUGAGUUUGGAAGAGCUCCUUUUUGGAAGAGCUCUUUUCUAUCUUCGGCGACUACAAUUGCAUUUGAUACGAUAAGCUUGUCUAACCCUUUGCUUUUCAUGGAUUUCAUUACAAAUAUUAGUUGUACUGCAUGCUACUCCAGCUUCUCACAAUGUAUCCAGCGAUCACGGUGCUUGUUGGACAAAUUGCAGACUUCGCUAUGA